AAAAAUGACUAUAGCUAUGACGGCCCGUUCGUCGCUGUCACCCAUACAGUCAUCAUCACUCUCGUUGUUGUGGUUGGCAAGGCUGAGUCGAAGCAAAGAUAGGGUAGGGCUUGGUUUGAGGAAAUGAGAUGUCUUCGUCGAAGAAGAUCACGCUGAAGAGCUCCGACGGAGAGGCGUUCGAAGUGGAGGAGUCGUUGGCGCUGGAAUCGCAGACGAUCAAGCACAUGAUCGAGGACGAUUGCGCCCACAGCGUCAUUCCUCUCCCCAACGUCACCAGCAAGAUCCUCGCUAAGGUCAUCGAGUACUGCAAAAAGCACGUCCAGAUCUCCAAGACCCAAGAUCGAUCUGCCGAGGACGAGCUCAAGACCUGGGACUCUGACUUCGUCAAAGUCGAUCAGCCCACUCUCUUCGACCUCAUUCUGGCUGCAAACUACUUGAACAUAAAGAGCCUGCUGGAUCUAACAUGCCAGACAGUUGCGGACAUGAUAAAAGGAAAGACUCCGGAGGAAAUCCGGAAGACCUUCAACAUAAAGAAUGACUUCAGUGCUGAUGAAGAAGAAGAGGUUCGUAGAGAGAACCAGUGGGCCUUUGAGUAAGAAGAAAUACAUGGCCUGAUGAUGGGGGUAUAGUAGUAGUACUGAGGAUUUAUGUAUCCUGUACUGGUUUAGUCUCUUGUCAUGACUAUCGUUUUCUGUUUAGCAAACUCUCUCUUCAAACAUAGCUGCUCUUUGAAAUCUAAAUAACAGCUGGAUUCCGGUGGUUUUAUGCACCUGUACUUUUAUUUUGAA